ACACAGCGAAAAAAAAAACAAAUAAAGAAUGGCAAAAAAAUCGCUUAAAAGAAAGCGUAAAGAGGCAGAGGCUCAAGAGAAACAGGAGAAAGUUUUGGAACUGCCACCGGCCAAAAGAUUUUCCGAUGAUCUCGUGACAAAAAAGGAAAAAUGGGUAAACAGACAGCGUGUUUUGGUAUUUGCAUCUCGAGGAAUCAAUCACAGAGAUAGACACUUAAUGGAAGACAUAAAAACUCUAAUGCCUCAUCAUCGACCUGAAUCUAAAAUGGAACGUACUAAGAAUCUCCUGGUUGUCAAUGAAAUCUGUGAAAUGAAAAAUUGUAACAAAACAAUCCUGUUUGAAGGACGCAGGAAAAAAGAUCUGUACAUGUGGAUGUCAAACAUACCUAAGGGGCCUUCUGUUAAAUUUCUUGUUGAGAAUAUUUACACAAUGGGUGAAUUAAAGCUGACUGGAAAUUGCUUGAGAGGUUCUAGGCCACUUCUCUCAUUUGAUGAAAAUUUUAAUUCCAAGCCACACUUAUCGAUUUUAAAAGAACUGCUUUCGCAAAUAUUUGGAGUACCUAAUCACCAUCCCAAGAGUCAACCUUUUUUUGAUCAUGUGUACACAUUUAGUGUUUUAGAUAAUAGAAUAUGGUUCAGAAACUAUCAAAUCAUUAAAGAAGAUGGUGAGCUCGCAGAAAUAGGGCCACGAUUUGUGUUGAACCCAAUCAAAAUUUUUGCUGGUAGUUUUGUUGGUGAAGUUUUGUGGGAUAAUCCUCAUUACGUCUCUCCUGCCAAGUUUAGACAAGCAAUAUCUAAGAAGGCUGGUUAUAAAUAUGAAGAUAGAAUACAACAGAAAAUGAUAUCCAAAGCCAACAAACCAGAGAAGUCAUAUGAUAUGAAUCCUUUAGAUGAUAUAUUCAAAAGUGAUUAUUUGAAGGAAAGUAAAAAGAAAGAUUUAGUUGAUAAAAAAAAGUAAAUAAAUUUU